AUGCUAGAAUAGAUUACAUUUACAUCAAACAAAAAUGGUUAAGAUGUGACUCUUAAAAGUCUCAUAGAUACACCUUUUCGCUUCAUGAUUGCCAAAAUUAUUGAAUUAAAUAUUAGUAAUCCUCUUAAACUGAUUUUAAGAAGAAAAAGAAUAUGUAGGGUCGUUUUAGUAUGUAAUGAAAAUUAGCACUUAAAAUAAAAUUAUUAAGAUCUUUAAUAAACUACCUGGUUUUGUUGAGGAGUUAUUUGUUUAAGCCAAUGAUAUUGUUACUAUUCAAAGUGUUCUUUACAAUUUAACCUAUCAAAAUCAAGAUAGUCGAAUUCAUGAUAUCUAAUUAGUCAAUCCUAUCAAGAAACAUCCAAAAAUUAGAAUUAAUAUUAUCAACAACAAACAAUCCUAGGAAUAAACACAGAAAGAAUUCAAAAAAGAAAAACUAAUUCAAGAAAAUCAUUACAAUAUUUAGUCCUAAAAUCAUAAUCUUUAAUUAUAAAUAGAAAAUCAUUCUUAAAUUGUAAAUUAUGUUAUUAUUAUAUGA